AUGCUCUCUGUACUCUACUACUUCGUUCUCAUUGUUUUGGCCUCCUUAAUACCGGAAAGACAAGGUAAGAUUUUACCACAGUACUAUGGUUUGAGUAUAUUUCAAAGUUUACCAAGGCGAUAAGUUACUUUUUUUUAAAUCUUUUUGUUGACAACGGCUAAACUUUACAAUAAUCGCACAAGCUUCUCCUACUAAUAUCAAAUGUAAUGAAUUAUUUCAUCUAAAUUAAAAAAGGGGCACUUACUGGAGUAUCUUAAAGCAAAGUUAACUUUAGAAAUAAAACAGUCACUGUCUCUUCAAUGAAUUGAAGUCCAAGGACGUGUUCGACUUUUUUGAUUUUGCACGAUGGAUGAAUUGAAUACUAUAAGAUUGAGAGGCUUAUUUGAACUCAACUGAAAUGGCUUGGCUUGUUCAACUAAAAACUUUAUACAGGAGCAAAGCUUUUUAAUUCUUAGUAAUUCGUCACAGCAAAGCAACAUAACGCAUUGUUAGAGCAGUACUUCAAACUUGGCACUUAGCAUAUUAUCUGUGGAAAAACCUGACUCUUUUGCACAAUCAGCUCCAAAGUUGAUCUAAGUUUUGGUUCAUAUUUCAAAAAACCUAAAUCGAAGACUGAAUUUGUGUAUUCCAGCGAGUUGGUAGAACUAUGGCAUAAGUUAUUAAUGAUCCACCCCAGAAAGAAAGUUCUAACUUAGUCUGAGGCAAAACAGGUGGUUCAAAUAAAAUAUUUGUUUAACAAAGACGAUAGUUGACAUUUUAGGAUUUAUUUCUUCCGUCAUACUCAAUUAUCUCCUUGGGGUGUGCAUGCUCGAGGGUAAAUUUCAGCGUUUCGCAUUUUAGUGCUCGUUAAUACAUAGUAUGCAUAGAAAACGGUUGUUACGUCUUUAGAAGUAGAAAGCCAGGACGUAGAUAGUAUAAAAAGAGUUUGUCAAAAUUGCUUGACGUACCAUGGAGUUCAUAAAGUUGAGAAGCUCGUGAUUUAUACGCGAGCGACUAAUUUUGUUUCCUCGCGCUUUGCAUAAUACGCAUAAUGGUCGAAAGCUGAAGUCACGCGACUUAAAAACAAACGCUUCUCAUGAAUUGAUAAAACAAAAAAAUUCACGACACGUUCCGAUAAUAACCUUUUUUAAAAGAACCAAACAUGCUCAGAGGAGAGGACCAUUAUUACGCGAUAAACACGACUUACUCUAUAUAUUAAUAAAGUUGUUUAUGGAUUUCGGGAACAAUCGAUCGAUCACGAAGGCUGAUCACAACCAAAGGAAGAUAAACAUGAUAAGUCAGAUUAUUAAUGUAAAUCAUUCUCUUGGUGUUAAACUAAAGCAAUAAUUCAGCAGUAACACUGCUCUACAAUUCCAGUCUCAGUAGAGGUGCUCAAUGCCAAAUAGUAUUUUUCUAAAUAUAAUUGUUCACCAGGCAACUUCCGCAAUUUGAAGUUUACCAGUUUUCCUAAACCUGGCUACAGGUUGGAGAAUCAUACGGUUCGAACUAUUGAAGUAUUCGACGAGGAUCUCUGCAGGUUACAAUGCUAUCUGGAACCUAACUGUGUCAGUUAUAACUUCCAUAAGCUAAGACAGGCGUCUGGUACACACAAGUGUGAUCUGAAUAACGCGACCAUUGAACACGAUGGAGAACUGGUGAAAAGCGAAAGUUACAUUUACCGCGGAGCUGAGGUGAGGAUGACGUUUUUAAGCCAAGAGUAUGAGACUUUAUACUCGUUGAGGCUUUUCCGCAAGACUAAGCAUCCCUCAGCCUCUGCCACUCCUCUAAAUUCUCCUUCCACCCACCAGAAUGUAGGUUACGAUAAUUGAACGUUUAAACUUUUGAAAAAAAGAAUUAAGAGAGGCAUAUUUUGUUAUUUAAGAAUGACCGCUUCUGGAGCUGUUUUUUGAUUUUGCUCUCGCUCUGAACAGUGCCACGCUUGGAACGGGAAAAAGCUUGCACGGAAUACAUGGACAUGAUGGAAGACGCGCAGAUUUCAAAAACUUGCAUAACAUUCAGAACUCGCAAACAUUAAUGCACGAGCAGAAGACAAACACAAAAAUUUAAAUGGUCGUAUUGUUUUUCUUCUUAAGAAUGCUUGCGCCAGUAAUCCUUGCAGAAAUAAUGCAACAUGCCAAGCUGGCUUUACGCACAGAGAUUAUCAGUGUUUGUGUGCUUUUGGAUCUGGAUUUGAAGGCCACGAUUGUGAUAGAGGUGAGGAAUCCUAUAAAUUUUUUUGUAGUCAGUAAAAUGAAUGUGUGGCCAUUUCUUAUCUGACAACGGGAACGUUAGCAUGGAGUCGAAAACACUUGCGGCCAGAGCACGUCAAAUACUCACAAUGUGUGUGGAAAUGGAACUAACUGCAAAGGUAAUUUGUUAUCAUCAAGUGAGUUGAUAGCGUAAAAUAGGCCAUUGUUACGAGUUUAAAAUCUAAUGUUUCGAGCGUUAGUCCUUCAUCAGAGGAAAUGGAGGAAUUGUGGGUUGUGUGUCUGUUUAUAUGCGGAAUAUGGAGUUAUGCUAUUGACGGGAACAUGGUAACGAGAAAACAAGAAUAAAAUAGCUGACUAUAACAUCCCAAAAAUCUACUAAAGUAAACAAACAAGAAUACAAUAACACAACAAAACACAAGAUAAAGACAUAAAAACAGGUUCCGUAUAAAAGAUGCUUCUUUUUUAAUUCUCAAGACUUGGACGAAUGUGCUGACGGAACACAUAACUGUGAUGUGAAUGCUGAGUGUAACAAUACCCGGGGAUCGUACAACUGCAAGUGUAAAGAUGGAUUUCGUGGAAAUGGAACCAAAUGCACAGGUAACUGUUUGUAACAUAUCAUUCUAUCUCAUCUCUCCAUAUUUUUCUGGUGGACAUAGCACCAGACUUAAACUUGUACUAGAGUGUAAUGUCCCUAAUUUCUGUACAGUAUUCUACCGGCAGCAGGCCCAGCAGAACGAGCCGAUCAGCAUAAGAGACGUUAUUCAGUGGGUAAUUAAGAAUAAACUUAGUCAGAGAACUUUGGAUUUUCUCAAUUAAUGUUCCAUGUAUGACUGUAUAAUAAAGAGACCAUAGGAAGGAGCAUUAUUCAAGUUUGGGUCUGACCACAGGACAGCAAAGCAGCUUCCUUAUCUAAACGUGAUUGACAUCGCGGAAAACUUGCCUGAUUCACGAAAGGUCUUGUUGGCCUUUGAGGUUAUUUCUCCUGCAUGCUCUGCCCAUUGGAGAUCACGGGAAUCAGUGAUGCUUAGGUCUUAAGCGUAAGGUACACACUCGAGCGAUGUCCUUCUUAAAGAUGUGAACGAAUUUGCAUUUUGCGGCGUUGAAAGCUAUGCAGCUUGGUGAAUUUACCAGUUUCCGAGGAGUUACCAGCAAGAGUGACAGCAUAUUUGCUGGUGAAAGUAGAUUUUAUGAUCAUAACCAGAGCCAGUGCGAAGAUACCGUCAUGAAGAUAACCAUAUCUGCCGAAUUUACAGGAAUACUUUUUUGUAAGCGGUAGUGCGCAACAUUGGCAAUACCCAAAGUUAUUUGACAAUUAAUUUCUUAGCAGUACGAUAACUUUCCCUUUCAUUUUGCGAUUAUUAUACAGGA